UAUUUACGAGCCACCAGCAUUUGUCCUCUGUAAAUUAGGGUUUGCAAUUUGUUCAUUUUUCUCUCCACAAUUACUCUGAAGUUCGUUAAUUAAUCUUCCAACAAUGACGAAAAAUAACGAUGAACGCAGCGAUAGUCAUGAAGAUAAGCAGAAACGAUUGACGAUGAAGAAGAAUAAAAGGAGGAACGUUUCGAGGUUAGGUGGAAGUGGCCUUUCGCUUAACGCUUUCGCUAAUGCCAAAUCCAAUAACAGUGGAUACAACCCUUCGCUCAUAAAGAAGCAAAGGGAGAUAUACAACAAUGCUAAGAAAGUGAAGAAGUAUAAGAAGAUGCUAAAGCAGCAAAACCAUCAGAGUGAUCCCUCAGUCUCCCAAAGACAUAUUGAGAAUUUGAAUGAAACUGAAGAGGACAAGGAUAAGAAUGGGAGGAGGAGAAGGAAGAAGGAUAGUGCUUUUAGUUUGGAAGAACUAUACAAGAAGCAGCAUGAAGAAAAAGAGAGAGAAAGAAUGGAGAGGGAAGCAGUAUUCAAAGAAAAGAAGGAACAGAGAGAAAAAGCUGAAGCACGCAGAAAAAGUUUACGGGAAAAAAUGUUUAAGAAGACACGAAAAGGACAACCUAUUAUGAAAUACAGAAUUGAACAUCUUUUGGAGACUAUCCAAGGCUCAGCUGGCAACAAAUCCUGAUUAGUGGACUACGGAAGUGCCAAAUGCAGAUAACAUCAACAUCACAUUUAUUUGUUCAGCAUGAUACUGUAACACAGAGUUGUUGUUAUUCAUCAGAAUUUUGUUGCUGACAAUGGGUUACGGUCUUAAUUAGUGUCAAUGGUUGUAUCAAAUUUUGAACCUUAAUUUAUACCAGUCAUUGUGGUAACCAUUGUAGGCAGUGUGUACAAGUACAAGCCUUUCAUGUGAUAUAGAAACAGUUAAGAAUUGAAAACAGAGAACACUUGGCAUGAACUUUCUUCAGUUUAUUCAUUAUAUAAUAUAAUGUGAUUACGAAUCAAA